UGACAACUACUGUGACAACUUUACUGGGAAUCCUUUCAGUUCCACGGUCACGGAGCUGAUGGCUGAAUAAACUGGUUCACUGCUUAGGAAUUUUCCGAAACAAAAGUGUUGGAUUAAAAAUAGGAUUUGAUGUGGAACAUGAAUAAUUCUGUGAAAUAACUCACUCUCCGGACCACAGGAUUUUAAGUGAUAACCUCAGUAGUGCAUCUCCUUUUUGAGAAGUGAAGAUGUAUCAGAGAGUUUUUGCACCAGUGGCCCUGCUGGCUCUGCUGGUUUUGACCCUUGAGGUGCCUCAGGGCGAGUCCUGUCCCAGAAGCUGCAACUGCUACCAGGCCAAUGAGGUCCACUGUACUUUCCGAUCCCUGCUCACCAUACCUCCGGGUCUGCCUGUGCAUACACGACGCAUAAACUUAGGGUUCAACAGCAUCAGAAGGAUCGGUGAUAAUUCACUUGCUGGAUUAAAGAGAGUAGAGCUUCUGAUGCUCCACAGCAACGACCUCCACCAUUUACCUGCUUCAGUGUUCAGAGACAUGAAAUCACUACAGAUACUAAAGCUGAGCUAUAACAAGCUGAGAGAGAUCUCUUCAUCUCUGACCUUCUCUGGCCUGACCUCGUUGCUUCGUCUGUACUUGGAUCACAACCUCCUCCAGCACAUCCACCCACGGGCCUUUCUCCAGCUGCCUAGCCUCAGGCUGCUUCGUCUACAAGGGAACAGGCUGCAUCAAUUGCACCCUCACACCCUGUGCACACUGUCCCUCCUCAAUACAUACUACUUCUCCACGCUUAGACACCUUGAUCUCUCCAACAACAGCCUAAACGCUCUGCCCAAAGAGACUUUAGAGAGAGCACCCCUGCUGGAGACUCUGGCGCUACAUGCUAAUCCAUGGAGCUGUGACUGCCAGAUGAACUGGUUGCUGACUUGGAGUGUGGCUCAUCCAGGCUUAAUGAAAUGUCCCGGAGGUCCUCAGUGUCCAAUCUGUGACUCACCGAAUUCCCUUCAAGGUCAGGGCUUGCUCGACCAGACCGGGCUAUCAUGCACAUCUCCCAUCAUCUACUCCCCAGGAAGAGAUACACCUUUGGAGACAGAAUUCACUGAAGUUCAACCGACUGAAUCAUUCAAAGAGCCUGUAGGCACUGCCUCACUGGGUCUCUCUGACCAGCAGGGAAAUAAUGUUGAUGUCAGCUGUAACAUCACUCACUCUACACACUCCCAGGAUAUUGCCGAUCUCUCCCUCUCCCACUCGUCUCCUCUUCCUCUUGCUUUGUCGUUUUCUCUGGAGUGCCCCGUGGAGAGACACAGCUAUGAGAAACUUUGGAGAAUCCUGGCUUACUAUAGUGAGACUGCGGUUCGCCUUGAAAGGGAGAUCAUGCUGAGUAAAGCCCCGACACUGGCCUAUCGCUACAGGCAAUCGGCAGAGACAGAGGGAUAUUAUCACACAGGAGUUAAAGCUUCAGUCAAAGCUACACCACAAUGGUUGUUACAGUCAGCCAUUAGUAUUCAGCUAAACAGAGCACAGUCUAGCAGAGACACCGUUCAUCUCAUUUACACAACCAGAGUGUCUGCUCAAUCUGAUCGUACUGUUUCUCACCCAUGGGUGAUGAUUUCAAGCAAUCAUACAAUAACAGCAUUGUCAGCUCUAGCUGGCAGUAAAGUGGAACUCUCCUGUCCUGUACUCAGUUCUGGUAACCCCAAAGUACAGUGGAUCCUCCCAGAUGGUUCCAAAUUCAACUCCCCUGCCAAUAGUCCAGAUGGUAGACGCCGGGCCUCAUUUUCUGGAUUACUCCUACAGAACUUGAAGCUAUCAGAUGCUGGGCUCUACUAUUGUGUAGCCCGGGCAGGAAAUGAUAUAGAUGUUCUCCCACUACGCCUGGCAGUAGAAGAAUCAUCUGUUCCCCCAUCAGGAGAGCAAGUGGGACCUCCUAUAAGUGGAACUAUUGGGGAUCCUGUCACUUUGUCUUGCAAAGCAUCUGGUUCACCUGCCCCUCACUUGAGUUGGGUGUUACCAGAUGGACAUUUAGUACGGCGUGGAUUAGCUGUAUCAGGUGGACUCACUAUAGACCUGAAUGGAAAUCUUUCACUGCCCAGACCUUCUCUGAGCGACGCCGGUCAUUACCGCUGCAUUGCAGUCAACCAGUAUGGUAGUAACUCUCUGUCAGUGCUGUUAGCAUUAAACCCACAACAUGCCCCACAGCUUAGACCUUCUUUUCCAAGAGGACCGCAAUCAGCUGCAGGCCGGUCAACCAGGAUACGAGCCCCGCUGCUACAGGUGGAUGAAGGCUCAGGAGAUGCAGAGGAAGAAGAAGAUGAAACUGGCAAAAGCAGGUAUCCCAGGCCACCCCAAUUCCCUCCAAAGAGACGCUAUCCAUUUGGAAAACCACGAAGACGUGGGCCUAUGAGAACCAACUCUGUGGCAACAGGAGGAGAUUCACCACCUGCCAUUGAACUCAGAAGAAACCGCUUUCACAACAGGCAUAGAGUCCCACCAAACAAACAAAGAAUUGAUCCUCAAAAAUGGGCUGACCUUCUGGCUAAGAUACGUCAAAAGACCACUCUCACUAAUAACAGUCAGACCGUUCCAACAGGACAACCCACAGCUGUGCCAAAGGGAAGUAGGAAAGCUAUAAGUUCAGGAAGAAAUGAGGGAGAUGAUACACAGAGAGGCACAGCAGAGGGAGAACAGCUGGAAGCAGAAACUGAAGGUUCAUCUGUGGAUGACUCCAGUCUGCAAGAAGAGGAUUUACAACGUAUUUACCCUGUUCACACAGAAACACAAACUCCAACAAACACAUUGAUGGAGAAAACAACAGAGAGUUCACCAGUAAGCCAGACAGAUACAGGAACCCACAUUCAAACAGAGAAAGCAGGCAAACAGGAAACUUUGCCUACAUCUAAACCAGUCUCUGCAACAAAUGAAAUUCCAGAAGUAGUUGAAAAAAAUGAGCCAGAAGUCAGUCUCCAGCCAUCUCGCACCAGGCUUCAAAGCCCACAAGCAGGACUCUCCCCCAACCUGGUUCCCAGCUCUCGACCCCAAAAUCCUUGGAACUCUCGCAGAAGGAUUGGACAAAGAAGGCGUAUCAUUAACAGGCCCAGGGGUCGACUUUUGACCCCGACUCAACCUCUCCCUGACCCCAUAAAUCCCAGCUCACAACAAGUUACAACACCUGAACCUACCAGAGAUAAAAUUAAUAUGUUCUUACUGUCAUCUACCACCACAUCUCCAGCUACAUUGUGGACAAAAAGUGACCAUAUUAGGAUUUCUGUUUCUGCUUCAAGUGGUGCAGCUCUGAAAACUCCUUCUCUCCCUGUCUUAAACACACUCGGUGUCUCCUCUGCAGAACCUACUUCCCCUUCAUUGACUCCUUCUUUUGCCUCUCUUACUCCAUCAUCUCCCUCACACACAAAAACACAUCCACACAUUAUGACUCAGUCUGUCACCACACCAGAUGCCAUAGAGUCCACUACGUCUUACAGUACGACACCAUCAACCACUCACUCUAAAAUUGUGAUGGCAUGGACAAAUGUCCCAGCAGAGACACAUGGCAUACAGACACAUACGGCCAUGAGCAAACAUACUGAUAGGCCCCCAGGCAAACAUAGUAAAGAGACGGAGAGGAAUUUGUAUGGUGUACCACAUGUGUCUCACUCCUCAUCCACUCACUCUUCCGUUGUUUCUUCUACAGUUCCCACUACAGCCACAACUAUCACUGCAAAAAUAACUACAGCUCCAUCAAAAACACUCAAGAGUAUUCAUUCUACGGGUUUGGGUGGAAGCACUAUACGUCUUACUACUACUACAGAUAGUGAAGAUGGUUCUACCUUGCUAAUUAGUCCUCUGACAACAAAUCCUAUGACAUCUACAGCUACUAAAAUAUUCAUCCCAACGGCUAGCACUAGCAGAAGUACUACUGCUGCUCCCACAACCACUACUGUCACAACAACCCCUACAACUACAUCUACCACUCGUACUACUUCAACCAAACCAAGUACAACUACUUUUCCUACAACUACUUCAACUAGCUCUACAGUACCAGUGAAAACUAUCUCCAGAACUGCUAACUUCAACAAGACUACUUUGACAACAAAUAAAGCUCCUACUUCUAGCCCUAAAAUCUCAACCCAAACUCUCACAACCACUACAAAGAAAAUUACUCCUUUUUCGCCGACUACCACCACCACAACAAUUACAUCUGCAAGUACCAGAGGAUCUACCAGAGAGAGGCCAAGUGUUAACCAGCUUGACCCCAGAGGAAGGCCAGUUUCUGGGACUUCUGAUCAAAGUCGACCCCACACUGACUGGAGGAAUCCUGGAGCUAACUAUAUUCCAGACUCACAAAGCAACAGACCACUCUCACCCCCUCUCCAUUCAUUUCCUGCCUCCCCGAGGGUUCCAGUUCUGAGAUCUAGACCAAGGAUUGCAGACCCACAUAUCAGGACUGUGUCAUUCCCAGCUGAAAGCAAUGCCAGGUUGAACUGUGAAGCUGAGGGGGAACCAAAACCCUCAAUUACAUGGACCAAGGUUUCCACAGGAGCAGUGAUGUCACUCCACUCCAGGGCUCAGCGUUUUGAGGUCUUGCCAAAUGGCACCCUGAUUAUCCAAAAUGUUCAGCUGCAGGACAGGGGGACGUACAUCUGCAGUGCCCACAGCUUCCUAGGUCGGGACAGGUUGCUAACUACUUUGGAAGUAUGGACCCGUCCCCCUCGGAUGCAGCUAGCUGGAUACAGAGAAGUCACCGUUCAUCAGGGUGGGGUGGUGCACUUUGAAUGCCAGGCGGAUGGUGUUCCCACCCCUCUGAUCUCUUGGGUUCUGCCGGAUCGUUCGGUCUUGACCACCACUGCCUCCUCGAGCAGUCGAAUCACCAUGGACAAAAAUGGAACCCUUCAUAUCUCAGUGACGUUAACUAGUGACCGGGGGGUGUAUCGCUGCGUGGCCUCCAACUCUGCAGGUGCCGCCAGUGCCUCUGUGCGCCUACAUGUGUCCUCGUUGCCCCCGGUAAUACAGCAACCCAGAGAAGAGCACCUGCUCUUGUCUCCAGGGAGGCCUGUUUAUGCUCACUGCUCCGCCCGAGGUGCCCCAACACCAACUCUACGCUGGAGAAUCCCAGAUGGGACUUUGGUUCGCCCAUCCCAGUUUCUCCGUGGCAACCUUUUCGUUCUGCCCAAUGGGACUCUACAUAUUACGAAAGUCGGGCCAAAAGACUCAGGGAGCUACGAGUGCACAGCAAGUAAUGCAGUUGGAGCUGAAAAGAGGACUGUCACGAUACAAAUUGAAGUCAUGGCAGAAGGGGAAAAAACACAAGCUGGAAAUGAAGAAACAAAAAGAAUUAAUACAGAAAAUCCAUCCCCUUCAUCCUCACUACAUAAAGACAGGACAUUGUCAAUCCCCAUCUACCCGUCAAAUUCACUGAACUCCACUAAAUUCUCCCCUCCAUCACCCAUUGAUAGAUCCAGGUCUAGCUUCUCUCACAUUUCUUUUUACCCUCACCGGCCCACCUCCACUAACUCACCACCUAAAAUCAAUAAAGCAGUGACUGCCUCCUCCACACAUUUGACCAACUUCAGCAGAACAAAACUUUCUUCUCUCCCUUCACCUUCCACAUUCCCUGCAAAUAACACCAGGUUGUCAACCCCUAUUGUAAAUAGCACAAGAGCUGUUUCUUCCUCCCCCUCUGACAAAAACAGAGCUUCAGCUGUUUUGCACUCUAUACCUGUCUCUCCCUUCAGUAAAGCUCGAAUUGUCUCCACCUCCCCUUCCAUCACCACUGUACAGUAUGGGGAAGUUCUGCAUCUCCACUGUGCUGUAACUGGAAAUCCACCACCCACUAUUAUUUGGAGGACCCCCAACAGGAAACUGGUUGACAUGCAUUUCAGUUAUGACCGACGUCUGAAGGUGCAUCCUAAUGGCACCUUGUCAGCCCAGGCAGUAACAGAGAAGGAUGCUGGAGACUACCUCUGUAUUGCACGCAACAAGGUGGCAGAUGAUUAUCGCCUCCUGCGUGUCUCUGUGGCCACAAAGCCUGCCAAGAUUGAGUCCAAGCAGCCAUUCAAUCAGAUGGUAUCUUUCGGCAAACCACUGAAGGUGGACUGUCUGGCAUCAGGACUACCUGACCCAGCUGUCCGCUGGAGCCUACCAGAUGGAACCAUGGUGAACAGCGUGCUACAGGGGGCGGACAGGGGAGGACGAGCACGAAGGCUAACUGUGUUCGACAAUGGGACGUUACUUGUUCCAGCAGUUGGUAUGGGGGAGGAAGGGGAGUACACAUGCUACGCUGAGAAUCAAGGAGGUCAAGACACUAUGAGGGUCAAAGUUAAAGUCAUGAUGACAUCUCCACCGACCUUGGAGGAUGACAAAGGCUAUCGUGUAAUAAAAGUACGUCAGGGAAUGACUGCUAAAAUUCGCUGUCAGGUCACAGGAGAUCCUGCCCCGACCGUGACGUGGUUCUCUCCAGCCAAGCGUGUCAUCCCAAGAAGUUCAGGAUCUGGUUUUUAUACUGAACGGGUUGUGGUGGUUUCAGAUGGAACCCUGGAGGUACGUCUGGCCCAGAAGAUCGAUACAGGGAACUACACAUGUCGAGCAGUCAACUCAGCUGGGGAAAGGAGCAUGGUGGUGGGCCUGGAGGUGGAAGUUCCUAACUUUGGAGUGUACAGUCAUGUGGGAGACAGAGGCUGGAGUAGCAGAAGCAGUGGGCCUGGUAGUGAUCACAACAGCAGAUCAGGAGAAAAAAUAAACAGCAACAGUGGUUUUAGUGAUAAUAAUGGCAGGAUAAGAAACACUGUACCAAACACCAACAUUAACAUACCACCCAGUGGAUUUAAUCCUGCCCUUAGGGGUGAAAAUCAAAACACAUUCAACCGACCUGUCAGUGGAAUUACCACACAGCUCGGUAGCAGUGUAAUAAGUAUUGGAGUAAGUGGGGCUAGGAAUGUAGGUAUUAAAGCAGAUAACUCUGAAAUGAACAGAAAUGGACCUGGCAUUACGAACAGUAGUAAUAUUGAGAGAAAUGGUCACAGCCCAGUUACAGAUAAGAAUCCUGGGACUAAUAAUAAUGAAGUCAUUGCAGGAAAAGCUAGAAAUGAUGCUAACAGCAGUAGAGACAGUGGAAGGAUAACUGGUAUUUUUAGAAAUAUCGGCGAUCUCAGUAGCAGCGUGUCUAAUAAUGGAGCAGGCACUGGCAUAAUCAGAGAAAAUGGAGUCAGUCGAAGCAGCAAUACACAAGUGACCGAUGAUAACAGCAGGAAUAGCGUGGCUACAAGUACGACUAAUAAAGCUGUCAGUAAUGCAGGCGGUAAUAACUCCCCUAAUGCAGGCGUGGGUGUGGUAACGACUGUAAAGCAGCAAGUGGCAAAAGGCCAAUCAGUUCUUUUGCCAUGCCCUUCUCAAGGCUCCCCUCCCCCACGCCUGGCUUGGCUUCUGCCCGGUAACGGCGUGUUGCCAGCUCCGUACUAUGGCAGCCGACUCACUGUUCACCGAAAUGGCUCAUUGGAGCUGCGUGGUGUGAGGGCAAGUGAUGGCGGAACAUUGGUCUGUGUGGUGAGAAGCGAGAGAGGAGAGGCAAGGAUAAAGGUGGAGCUGGAGGUCUAUGAACCACAGGGGGAGGCUAGGGCUCCAUACGGGGCACCAGCUGGUGAAAAACCAGCCCAGAAAAGUCCAGAUUCAUUUGAGAGGCCUGUACCUUCACUGAAUUCAGCUCAGUCCUUAAACCCACGUGCAACAUUACCUGAGACGCUACGUCCAAGAAAUCUAGCUACUCAGAAGCCCCCAUACAGAAACCCACCUCUACCUGCUGCACCUCAUCCAAUCGGCCCACCACCCCGCUCAAGUGGCCCUGUCUCUGAGCCUGCUGUGAGCACCAGAACAGCCCCUCUAGUAAGCAUCAUUAAUGGAGAGACCCUCCGCCUGCCCUGUUCCGCUCCUCAGUCCUCAGGAUACACCCAGGGAUCUCUGUCCUGGACCUUACCCAGUGGCAAGGUGCUGACUCGGGGUGAACGUGGAGACUCGAACCAGUAUGUAGUCCAGAGUGAUGGCACACUAACAGUACAGCAAGCAUCGGUGUUCGACCGAGGAACCUACACCUGCAGAUCUACAAGUUCAGAUUCUUCGUCAGUUUCCGUUGUCACAGUCCCGGUCAUUGUCAUCGCCUAUCCCCCACGCAUCAUAGCAGGUCCCGCUCCCAUCACCUACACACGUCCUGGUGUUGCCGUGGAGCUGCCCUGCCGUACCAUAGCGACACCCCAGGCAACGGUUACCUGGGAAACACCAGACCUUUCACAACUGAGGGUGAUGGGUCAGGCUCGUAUCUAUGGCAACCGCUACCUGAGUCCUCAGGGUUCCUUGGUGAUACAAAACCCGACAAGUAGGGACACAGGGUUUUACAGAUGCACCGCCAAAAAUGUUAUAGGAGUGGACACCAAGGCCACAUACCUGCAUGUUAUAUAACUGGGUCAAAGAAAUAUGUGUGAAUAAAACAGACACUCCAUCAGUAUUAGAUACUGGUGAAUGAACUGCUGUGCUGUUAACAUCUGUCCCUCCUCAUGCCCAAAGGAACUGCAAAGGAAAAGCUCCACGCAGGAGAUACUGCUGAAGCUAAGAAAAGACUUUACUAAUAUACAACAUAUGUCCCAUGUAUGUAUGUAUUUUUUAAUGUAUGUCUAUUCAAUACUGUAUUGUUUUUACAUCAGGAGUGCAGGUUUCGAUGCAGAUUCAGUGCACAAAAGAUUUUUUUUCUAUGUAUCUAAGGGUACACAGCCUGUUGUCAAUUCAAAACAUAUUUUUGAAGUUAUGAUACGGUUACUUAUAUAAAUAAGGUCACAUAAAAUGCACAACAUAUGUGAGAUUGCGGCACAAAUGCGUUUAUAAAUGCUAUCAAUUGUUCGUGCAGAGUGUUUGAGAUAAAACAGAGCAUCUGCUGCUUUGUGUUAAAACUUUGCACAUGGAAAUAUGGACAAACUAUUAUCAACGUUAAUAUUUAUUGUGGUAAUAAAGAAUCUGGUAUGGUCUUGUUAUAGAUAUUGCUUAUUGGAAAUUUACAAAUAUAUAGGGUUCAAACUCUUUUACAUUUAUGAUUACAUUUCCAGGCUGAUUUGUAUUUGCUUUUCACAUCUUGCUGCAAAUGUGACAUGAUGUAAAUUGGUCGCCUUAUUUUAUACAUAUACUGAAAUGACACACCCAAACAUCUGAAGAAGGCUCUGAGAAAAUGAAGGAGCCUGACCCAAGUUUGUGCAAGAAAGUUGUAGAAAACCAGUUUCUAUGAACUAUUUUAUGAUGUGAUCAUUUUGUCUUUAAAUUAUUUUUUCUGUGAAGUUGUCCAACACCAGUGUUUUGUGCUUUUUUUUUCAUAAAGAGGGGAAAAGUUAAAUAUAAUUAUGUACGUUUGAUGUCUAUCACCCUACAAUGAAUGCUUACUUUAUUUUUAACAGCUUCAUUUUAUAAAUA